CGGCCGAACGUCACCUGUUCGUGACGUCACGCGAGGCCUAUUAGCGACGUGGAACUAGCAGCGACUAGGAGGGGGGAAGUGAGCUGUCUUUUUAGGAGAACACUUCCUGUUUUGAGGGUGCUGGUGACAGCAACAGCUGUGCAGGAGGGAAGUGGGUUGCCACCAUCCCACAGGUAGCAAGAUGCGGACAGCGAUGAUGACCGGUGCCAGUCUGGCCCUCACGGCUGCCGUGGUGGCCCAUGCUUAUUACUUGAAAAAUCAGUUCUACCCCACCGUGGUGUACCUGACCAAAUCAAGUCCCAGCAUGGCAGUCCUUUAUAUUCAAGCAUUUGUUUUGGUCUUCCUCCUGGGAAAGUUUAUGGGCAAAGUUUUCUUUGGGCAACUACGAGCUGCUGAGAUGGAGCAUCUUCUGGAACGUUCCUGGUACGCUGUGACUGAAACAUGCCUGGCAUUCACUGUGUUCCGUGAUGAUUUCAGCCCACGCUUUGUGGCUCUCUUUACCCUUUUGCUGUUCCUAAAGUGUUUUCACUGGCUGGCUGAGGAUCGUGUUGAUUUCAUGGAACGCAGUCCAAAUAUUUCCUGGCUUUUCCACUUCCGUAUACUUGCUCUAAUGUUACUCUUGGGUGUACUGGAUGCUUUCUUUGUGUCACAUGCCUAUCACAGCCUUGUUAUCAGAGGGGCAUCUGUGCAGCUAGUCUUUGGGUUUGAGUAUGCCAUACUUAUGACUGUGAUCCUCACUGUGUUUAUAAAAUACAUCCUUCACUCAGUGGAUCUCCAAAGUGAAAAUCCAUGGGAUAACAAAGCUGUCUACAUGUUAUACACUGAACUUUUCACGGGUUUUAUAAAGGUCUUGCUCUACGUGGCUUUUAUGACAAUCAUGGUUAAAGUUCACACAUUCCCUCUCUUUGCAAUCCGGCCCAUGUACCUGGCAAUGAGGCAGUUUAAGAAAGCAGUGACAGAUGCUAUAAUGUCAAGAAGAGCAAUAAGAAAUAUGAACACUCUUUAUCCUGAUGCAACAGCAGAGGAGCUUCAAGCGAUGGACAAUGUGUGUAUCAUCUGCAGAGAAGAAAUGGUUACAGGAGCAAAGCGACUACCAUGCAAUCACAUUUUUCACACCAGCUGCUUGCGCUCUUGGUUCCAGAGACAACAGACGUGUCCUACUUGCCGUAUGGAUGUGCUGAGAGCUUCUCUUCCAACUCAGCCUCAAACCCCCACAGAGCAGCAGAAUCAACAUCAGAAUCAGGCUCAACAACAACCAACUCCUGUUAUCCCUCCUCAGCCUAACUUUCCUCCUGGUAUACUACCCCCUUUCCCUCCUGGUAUGUUUCCUCUGUGGCCUCCUAUGGGUCCAUUCCCACCUGUUCCUGGUGCGCCUGGUGGUAAUCCUCCCGAUGAAGCCAACCCUGGAUCAUCCUCUGGUUCUUCACCAAGACCUGGAGAAACAUCUAAUGUUGGAUCAGAGUCACAGCCUGGUGCAGCUCUGCCAGGGUUUCCUUUCCCACCUCCUUUUUUAGGAAUGCCAAUACUGCCUCCAUUUGGUCUACCGCCUAUGCCUAUGCCCCCUGCUGGUUUCACUGGUCUGACAGAUGAGGAGCUGAGAGCAAUGGAAGGACAUGAGAGACAAAACCUGGAAGCCCGAUUGCAGUGUCUUCAGAAUAUCCAUACUCUGCUUGAUGCAGCAAUGCUACAAAUUAACCAGUAUCUAACAGUGCUGGCCAGCAUAGGUCCCCCUCAACCACCUAUUUCCUCUACAUCUACAUCUACAUCUUCAGCUGCAUCAGCUUCUACAGCGCCUACUACCUCUAAUAUUUCAGAGCCAGUUAUCCCCGUGGACACCACCUCCACUGUGACCAACACAGAAUCAUCACAACAGUCAGCUCCAGUAAGUGUGGAGACUCUCAGUGGAGCAGAGGGAGGGGAGACCACAACAGAAGAACCAGACAAUGUAGAACUAAGAAGGCGCAGACUUCAGAAACUGGAAACUGGAACAACAGAUUCUCAAUGAAAGACUAGACAAUCUUCAACAUUUCCAAAGUCUUGUCUCUGACACUGAAUGACCAGGGAAUUUAUGCUUUCUGAAAAUAAUACUUUGCUUCAUGCGGACUCGGCAGCCAGCUUGGCAAACUUUGAGAUGAACUUCUUUAAAUAUAUAUAUUUUUUAAGAAUACAGAAGGGGUCUAAUGGCAGAUGCUCACUAAAAGGACUACUGGCCUCAAUAUCCCGUGGGGGACUCAUUUCAGUAAAAUUAAAGAAUAAGCUUUUUUUUUUUUUUUUUUGUGUCUUAUUUUAAGAACAUUUUUCCCUUAUCUCUGAUUUAACAUUUUGGUAACAUGCAAAAGUUUUUUAAGGGACAUUUUCAAAUAUAAUAUGGUAUUCUUUAUCUACGUUCAUUUUCCAUGUUAUCAUGCAAGGAAAACAUAAUUUUAGGCUAACAAAAAUUUUAUACAAAACAGGUGUUAAAAAAAACAAAAACAAAAAAAAAACAACAACCCAUAAAAGAUCAUAUGCAGCCAGACUUCAUUUUGCAAUUAACAUUCUCGUGAAUUUCGCAGCAUUUUUUUUUCUUGGUUCCACCACAGUCAAACCUCAGCUUUAUGUUCCUGUGAAUUACAGUUUCACGGAUUGUAUGCUGUUUUUGUUACAGUCCCCUGAAAAAUGUAACAUUGUUCAACUGCAUUUGCCAAGCUGUGUAAUGUUAUACGUAGGUUCAUGUUCUUUUAUUACUAUUAAAACCGUUUAAGUCAC